AAUUACACGGUUUCGCUUUCUUUCCUCCUAUUUGGAGAGAAUAGACAGAGAAGAAAAAGAUCGUAGCUUUGGUGUAUUCUUUGGGCUGAGCUGAGAGGGAAGUAACGGUGAAAAGAUUUAUCUGUAACUCCAAUGGUUCAAUUGCUGUAAUCUCGUGUAAUAAGCAAGAAACAAGAAAAAGUUAUCUUCAUUUUUGUUCGUGUAAACACUUUGAAAAAUUCCAGCCGUUGUCCAUAGAGACAGAGAGAGAGAGAAGAGAGAAGGUUUCUGUAGUUGCAAAGAAUGAAGAAUCAACCAACAUGAAUUGAAGUGCAAACCCACCCCCAGAUUCUCUGAGAAUUUCCAUUUUGCCCUUCCAAGUUCCAAUUCUAGCCUCAACUUGUUCCCUCUCUUGUUCUAUUUUUUUUCUUUCUUUUUUCUUCUCUCUCCUCGCCUGCUAAGUAAGUCUCUCUUCCCCUGUUUUUGAAAGACGGCCAUGUUUUGGGGGAGAGGUCAUCAUCUCUCCAACGGUGAGGCUGAGAGCUCAUAUAACCAAGAAAAUCCGGAACAGAAAAUAGUUUUGUCUCACAAGGGGAUUGAUUUUCUCAAGGAGUCGAAGAUGGGUCUUGAUGGGUUUGCCUCAAAACCUCAAGAGCUUACUCUUAGCUACCUUUGUGAAAAUCCUAAACUGGGUUUUAAUCAAAAGGGCAAAGAAGUGAUCUUUUCAGAGAAUUCAAAUCAAGAUGAGAGAUGGGUGGAGAGAGAUUUCAUGAAUCUGGAAGAAACCAAGUCCAAUUCUUCUUCAAAGAGGGAGGUUCACGAAGACGAAGAUAAUGAGAGGGAGAACUCCUCUAGAGAAAAGAAGCCAAAGCUGGAAAGUACUUUAAAUCUUUCUCUAGCUUUGCCUGAUGUCUCUCUCUCUCUAACUGCAUCAAAUGCAUUGCAAAAUGCUGAGCCUGUGAUUAAGCCAAAGCCUAGCUGGAGCAUACAGUCCUUAGGUGCCGCACCAUCUAACAACAACACACAGACAACCUGUUCUAACGAUUUCACUGCUGCUUCACUUUCUUACUCUUAUUCUCACCCAUUUUCACACAAUCCUAGUUGCUCCUUGACCCGUAAUACAACUGAGAAUUAUGAUUAUUCUGUAGGGAGAGAUGAUCAAAUUUGGUGUGGAGGGGAAGGGACUAAUGGAUCGGUUCAUAGCCGGUUUAGGCCUAAUGGAGAUGGGCUUGUUGCUUUGAACAAUAACAAUCAUGGCGGUGGUGGUAAUGGAGGAUUUUCCAUGAUGCAGGGUCAUCGUGUAACUAAUAAGGAUUCGUGUAAUAAUAGUCUUUAUAGAACCACUAGUUCUGACAACCUUUCAUUUUUCCCAUCUGAAUUGCCAGCUUGGCCACGUCUGGAAGCUUAUUCAGGUGAUUCGAGGAGAAGGGAUUCAGAGAAUAUGAUAGCUGUGGCGGGUGUAGAUGGAGGAGGGAAGGCAAGAAAGCUCUCUAGACCGGAGAAAAUUCUCCAUGAAAUUGUAUGGGAGUCUAUUCCUGUUAUGGCUCAGAUAAUUCAGGAGCUGGCGGAAGAAACAUUAGCAUCAACUAAGGAGUAUUUAAAGAAUCUUGUUGCGAUGCCAGAAAAGAAAGAAGAAUUAGUAGGUCUUCAAAACCGGCUUGAGAGAAGGUCUGAUCUUUCUAAGGAGGCUCUCUUGAAAUGUCAAAAGGAUCAGUUAGAGAUUUUGGUUGCAGUGAGAAUGGGGCUGGGAAGUUUUAUAUCUGGGAAAGUUCGGGUUCCUGCAAAUGAAUUGGUGGAAAUUUUCUUGUAUAUGAGGUGUAGGAAUGUGAAUUGCAAGAGCAUACUGCCUGUUGAUGAUUGUGACUGUAAGUUUUGCAGCGCAAACAAGGGAUUUUGCAGCUCUUGCAUGUGUCCAGUCUGUAUGAAUUUUGACUGUGCUAACAAUACUUGCAGUUGGGUUGGGUGUGAUGUUUGUUCCCAUUGGUGUCAUGCUGCCUGUGGUAUUCAGAAAAAUCUCAUUAGACCAGGUCCUAGCUUGAAGGGGCCAAAGGGGACUACAGAGAUGCAAUUUCACUGCAUUGGCUGUAAUCAUGCUUCAGAAAUGUUUGGCUUUGUCAAGGAUGUGUUUGUGUGCUGUGCAAAGGAUUGGGGUCUAGAAACCCUAACAAAAGAACUCGACUGUGUGAGGAAGAUUUUCAAGGGAAGUGAUGAUUUUAAAGGCAAGGAAUUGCAUAUUAAGGCUGAGGCGUUGCUCUCCAAGCUUGAGAGUAAAAUUCUCUCUCCUUCGGAUGCCUGUAACAUCAUCAUUCAGUUCUUCAACUAUGCAGAUGGUAUUUCCGAUUUUCCUGCUUCUGGUGUAUCUGCUAAAGAAUUGAUGCCAACUGAAGUUAGUCUUAGAAAAGAUGAUGCACCUAUACUGCCAUCCACUUCUCUCCCUCAAAAAUAUGCCCUCUACAAUAUGAGCUCUUCAAGUGGCCGGCGUGAUUCACGAUCAAACGAUAUCCACCAAAAUGAACUCAGAGCUGCACUCCUUGGUGACUUAAAAAUCAAUGAUGAGUUCCAGUUUGGAAAGCUAUCAAAGAAGGAUGGUCUCGGUAGCUUAGAAAGCAUUGUACGGAUUAAAGAAGCAGAAGCCAGAAUGUUCCAGAGCAAGGCAGAUGAAGCACGAAGAGACGCAGAAAGCUACCUGCAGAUGAUUCGGGUGAGGUCUGAGAAGUUGGAAGAAGAGUAUGCAGAGAAGCUCGCCAAACUGUGUUUGCAGGAGACUGAGGAAAGGCGGAGGAAAAAAUUAGAAGACCUGAAGAGUUUAGAAAAUUCACAUUGCGAUUACUACAACAUGAAGCUAAGAAUGCAAGCUGAGAUUGCUGGUUUGCUGGAGAGAAUGGAGACCACGAAGCAGCAAUGGGUGUAAUUUAAUCCUGUUUUCCCCUUCCUUUUUUUUUUAUUUAUUUUGUUGACAGAGAUUAACAUGCAGUGUGUAACUUGUUUACAUCUUCACCAACCAUUGACUUAAGAGUGUUUCUUCAAAUGCUAAGAAUAACCAGAGAAAAAAAUUUUUGUUC